UAGCUUCAAAGAGGUGACAUAUUUGGUUCUGAUCCCAUCUCAAGCCAUGUGUUUUUGGGGGAUAUUUUUGUGUUUGAUCUUCCUGGAGAAAAGUUGGGGACAGAUACAAAUGUCGUGUUGGCCCAAGCCUUUGAUUCCAGAACUUGAGAGGCAGAGAUGCACCGUUGUAACACCAAAAGUCUUCCGAGUCGGAGAAUAUGAACAAGUUACAUUUGAAGCCCACGGUCACACUGACCCAUUUGAUGUAACCAUCUCUAUAAAAAGUUACCCUGAUAAAAAUGCUAAUUACUCUUCAAGCUCUGUACAUUUAUCACCAGAAAAUAAAUUCAAAAACUCUACAAUCUUAACAAUUCAGCCCAAACAGUUGUCUGAAGGGCAAAACUCGUCUUCGCAUGUGUAUUUGGAAGUUGUGUCCAAGCAUUUUUCAACAUCAAAAAUAAUGUCAAUCGUCUAUGACAAUGGCACUCUCUUCAUUCAGACUGACAAGCCUGUGUACACUCCAGAGCAGCCUGUAAAGGUUGCCGUGUAUUCGCUGGAUGAAGCCUUAAAGCCAGUCACCAGAGAGACAGUCUUAACGUUCAUAGACCCUGAAGGAUCCGAAGUUGGCAUAGUAGAAGGAAGCAAUCAUACUGGAAUCACCUCUUUCCCUGACUUCAGGAUUCCUACUAACCCUAAGCCCGGUAGAUGGAUGAUCAAGGCUAAAUAUAGAGAAGAUGCUUCAACAGCUGGAACCACACACUUUGAAAUUAAAGAGCAUGAUAAAGCUUUCAAAAUAGCCCUCGUUCCAACAAGUGAUCUGGAACACCCAAUGGAAGAAGCACGUGGCCUGAGUCUCCAGCCAAAAAAGUCCCUGCAAGAGAUGAUACAUGAGCAAGCUUCGAAAUACAAACAUCCAGUACUGAAGAAAUGUUGUUAUGAUGGAGCCAGAUAUAACCACCAUGAAACCUGUGAGGAACGAGUUGCCCGUGUGAAAAUAGGCCCAAACUGUGUCAGAGCCUUCAGUGAAUGCUGUGCCCUGGCUAGCGAGAAUACCUUUAAGAAUAUCCUCAUGUCGCGUCCCGAUGACAGUGGAUAUUUUACUUUAUCUGCUACCAUACUGGAAAAUGCUUAAUCUUAUUCCCUGCAAGUAUUUGAAGAUUACAAGUAUUUUCUGUGCCUUCACUUUUGCUGGAAACUAAUGCACAAAAUCAAACGGAGUUCAUACAGCAGUGAAGCCCUUCCGCUGUAACUUUGCCAUAAAUAGCCUUGGCUGCACGGAGGUCAUUUCAUAACCGUAAUUUAUCCACUGGUCUCACAAGUGAGACCAAGCUGAUAAAAACAAAUUCACCAGAAGAGUUUGAUUGCCAUGCCUAGUGACCUUGCCCAUCUUCCUGUCAGGACCCUCGGUGCCCUAACAUAGUAGAGGGUGCUCGGGGGACACUCACCGCCACAAAGAAAGCUGCCAUCCAGCCCCGGGAGAGCUGUGGAGUCAACAGCACACACCGUGUGGGCCACCGUGCUGCCCAGGUGUCCAUAAUGCUACACUAAGUCGCCACGAAUAAUCAGUUGUGCCAGCAGAGUAUGGGAGCCGCUAAAGGAUACUAUGCUUGUAAAUGUGUAUCACAAUCAGAAUGUUUAAAUCAAUAAAAUAGUAUUGCCCGCGUUGAA